UAUUCUAGUUGAUUUCCUAGAAACAAGACAGUGGCAAAGUGCCAUUUCUGUGAAAUUUUCGUACACAUAAUCAAGCCAGACAUUCCAAUCAAACGGAGAAAAUGGCUCCAGCGCCAACGACUUUGCGUAUUCAUCAAGAGACAAAUUUCAAGUCAGACUGCAAAUUUCAGCUGAAAUUUCUUGCAGGGAACGCUACGACAAGAAACAUUGUGGAUUUACUUCUUGUCAUAACUAUCCUUGUGCUUCUCGGCAUUGCAGCUCCUGUAAUUCGAGGAGAUCGCUGUGAUGCAGAUAAGAAGUCUGGGUGCUCUGAUCACGCAUCUUGCACAGCAUCAGAAAACAACAAGAGUGAUAGUUGUGAAUGUCAUGCUGGUUACAAGGGAGAUGGCCAUCUUUGUACAGACAUUGACGAAUGCUCAUCUGGAAAUACUUCUUGCCCAGCAAACGCCCACUGUAUAAACGUGGUAGGAUCCUACAUAUGCGAAUGUUUCCGUGGUUAUCAGGGGAUGCAAUGUUCCGAUGUAGACGAAUGCAAGCGUGGCAUACAUAUGUGCGAUGAGCAUGCUAACUGUAUAAACACCGUGGGUUCAUAUAAAUGCUUGUGUAAGGUUGGUUUCUAUGACGACGGGUUUUCGUGCCAAGACAUAAACGAGUGCAGGGCUGGCUCUCACACAUGUGAUAAACAUUCCAACUGCGUGAAUUUAAACGGUUCUUAUACAUGUGUCUGAAGUAACCAAUCAAAUUCGAACCUUAAUUUGAGUCCCAAUCUCGCCUCAAAAAGCAUUAGCUUUCACUGGCUCUUUUGUGUUGUCAAUUUCCGGUACUUUUCAAUUACUAACACACGCUUUUAAGAACAAACCAAAAUUUGGACUCUGUGUGUAUUUGAUCUGCUGUUUACAAUUCCAGAAACAAUUAAGUUCUGGUACAAAGACCAUGUAACCACCAGUUCCCAAGGGUUUCUAGAUUAAAAAAUAACGCUAUAGCAUCGAUGGGUCCCAUGGUGUAGUGGUUAGCACUCUGGAUCCAGUGGUCCGAGGGCAAUUCUCGGUGGGAUUUGAAUUUAAUUUUACAUUUUAUUCUAAAUGAAUUUAUUUUCUUACAUAUAAAUAUAUGUUGUAAUUCGAGAUAUAGAAU